GCCCGUUAUCAUCGCAUUCUCCAUCAGAAAUGGCUCGUGAACCUACACUGGCUGAGGCUCUUAGAGAAACAAAAAGAAGAAGAACAGAGUACCGGACAGCAGCAAUUCUAGAUUCACAAGCAGCUCAGAGCUCUAAUCCAACUAGUGAACAACCAGCAGCAGCCCUAAAUUCACAAGCAGCUCAGCGCUCACGCCCUGCUAAGGAAACAACUGUUGCAGAGACUUCAACGAGACGGCGCCGACGAACUAGAGAACACAGGAGAGAUUACUUCAAUACGAGGAUGGGGCCAAAGCUGAUGUUUGAUCUUGUCCAGAGGCUCUCACCACGACAGAAACAAGCUGUCGUAGAAACUGGAUUUGGUGGACUUCUUCAUCUCCAACUCUGCACCAAUGAAUCAAAGUUGGUGCAAUACCUGCUGGACAACUUUAAUGUUUGCAGGUGUGAUUUUGUAUUAGAGGAUGAUAGUCUCCACAUUGAAGAGGAAGAUGUCGAAUACACGUUGGGAAUCCCGCGAGGGCCUCUGAAGGUCAAUGAGGGGACAAAGAUGGAAGACACCUCAACCCGUGAAUACAAACUGCUGCUGACUUCAUGGAGAAGGAGGUGGGGUAUUACAGCAGGCUCGCCAAUAACUACACAGAUGCCAGAUGAGAUUGUUAGGAGAGCUGAUCAUGGUGAUGAGUUCAAGAGGGAUUUCGUAGUCUUUGCCGUUUCCUCCAUGCUUCGAGGAAACACAACACGCUACUCCAAGUACAGGAUCUUAAACUCAUUGAUUGAUGUUGAUAUGAUUAAAGAGUACAAUUGGUGCACCUACACAUACCAAUCUCUCAUUGACUCGAUAGAUAGUUACAAUGAAGAUAGAAAGAGAAGCUUUUGGGGGCCAAUGACAUUGAUAUUGCUGUUCUACUUUGAUCGAGUAGAAUUCAAAGGAAUGAAGAUCAACAGGACAUACCCUAGCAUACUUGCUUGGACAACCACGCUUGUAAGAAAGAGAGUCAAGGCUGAAAAAAGGGCUGGUGGGUUUGGAAAAGGAAGGGUUAUCCCUAGAGUUAAGAAGCCAAGGACUGAUGCUACCACCUCACUACAACAACCUGCAAGCACUGCUGCUGCUACAACCUCACUACCACAACCUGCAUUUACUGCUGCUGCUACUACUUCUUCUACUCCUGCUACUGCAACACCGACACCAACUACAAGUGAGCCACUCUCAAGUGUUGAUCGGGUGACCCGUGUGCUCCAAAAGCUAGCAUCAGAUGUCCUGGAGUUUGGUGAAGCUAUGUCUGAAAUUGGAAAGCAGGGCGCACCUAUUGAAGUCAUGAAGAAAGCGUUCUCAGGGAUAUCAAACAUGCUAGGUGCUGCAAGCGCAAUUGAAUCAACUUCCAUUCCAACUGAAUCUCAGUUGGAUGACAUAUUCUUUGGGAGUGAAACCUUCACCGCUGCAGUGGAUUCAUUGGUGGAAGCAUUUCAGAAGACAACAAGAACCAUGGAAUUUGAAGCUCCAUCAUUUGAUUUGGGAAUACACUGCAAUGAAUCGCAACCGCAGCCAUGUGAGCAACACACGGAGCAAGUAGUUGAAGAGGACCUACCAUUGGAUGCUUUGGUUCAACAAAUUGGAGAGGAUGCAGGACUGUCAACGACCUUGGGAGCACAAGUAACUCCUCCACUUGUUAGGGUCCCAUUUCAGAGAUAUGUUCGUCAUGCCGCUGCUACUGAUGCUGAUGUUGAUGACUUUGAUUGGUAA